AAGUAAUAAAGUAGCCUGUUUUCUUCAUCCGAUCCCUGGCCCUGCAACAAACUGCAAUAGCACCACGAAACCAGAGGAACCCAGCCAUUUCUGAACUUCAACCCCCUGCCAGCCAAGGCCAUAGUGUCACUGUCACUGGGUGCAGCAAAUGGAGGGAGGGAAGGCGAUUCGAUCAUUUUAUUAAUCCGUGCAGGCGUGCAGUGCAGCACAUUGAUCAAGUCCUGUGCUGUGCUGUGCUGUGCUGUGAAACCAUCUCCAUCUCCAUCUCCAUUCCAUUGUGCUACUGCAUGCCCGGCUUUUGACUUAAUUGACCAGCAGCAGCAGGCUCUGCCUCUGAAUGUGCUAGCCUACGACUGGCACGCCUUCCUGUAAUGCAUGUUAUGGCUGGCAUCAUUAUUCUUAUUCAACGCCGUGGAUGAGGUUCUCGCUUCUUCUUCUUUCCUAUCAGGCCAUCACCUAAGCAAAGCAUAAAUAUACAGGCGUCAGUCAUCGCAUUCCUGUCUAGUGUUGUGUUGGACUUGAAAGACUGAGGGACCUGAGGGAGGAUGGUGAGCAGGAGCAGCAAUCUUGAGGUCUUCCUGGAGGCCGCUACUCCACGGUUGCCAUGGCGAUCGGCGCCCAUGGACUGUUUCCGAGGGCCAGACACUGUCUGGCAGCUGGAGAAGAAACACUCGGUCGACUACUUCACCCUGGAGGAUCUGUGGGAGCAUUAUUCAGAGAGCAGCGCGUACGGCCUCGCUGUUCCUGUCCGUCUUCAUCACCAGACGACGGGCAAGUCCAUCACCCAGCAUUUCGUUCCCUACCUAUCAGCUAUUCAGAUAUACACCGCCAAGGCUCUUGCUGCUGUCCCCAGCAGGAGCACGGAAAGCGAGACUGAUUCUUGGAGCGACGAUAAUAGUGUCGGCGACAAGGAUUCCAGGUCUUGGGAUGCCGCGUCAUCAUAUGAUUCAAGCCAUGAAGACUUGGAUGAUCCUACUGUUCGUUCAAAGCAAGGUGGAUACCUGAAUUUCCAGUACAGUGAAUGCGACCCACCCUAUGAGAGAAUUCCUCUUGCAGACAAGGUGGCAGAGCUGGCACAAGACUAUCCGUGCUUGACAUCGCUGAACAGCGCAGAAUUGUCACCUUCAAGCUGGCUAUCGGUAGCAUGGUAUCCUAUUUACCAUAUCCCUUAUCAUGGGAACCUGAAGGGAAUUUCUGCAUGUUUCCUUACCUACCAUUCUAUCUCAACGGUGUUUCAAGAUGAGAUCAUAGUGAGAUGCGGUGGCGACAGGACCGUGGCGCUUUCCCCAUUCGGACUGGCGACCUACAGAAUGGAAGCAGGGAAGCGGCUCUGGACGGAGCCACACCACAUGCCUGCAGCUGCUGCUGGUAGUGGUGGUGGAUCACCAAAUGCUGCUGCUGCUAGUAGGUUAUCAGUCCCAUCAUCCCAUUCUGACCUCUACUGGGCGGCAUCCUCUUGGCUGAAGCAAGUGGGAGCACACCAUCCUGACUUUAACUUCUUCACAGCUCAUCGCUCUGCGAUCAGAUAGCAGGAGCAGGAGACAUCAUAUAUGAAUGAUAUACAGAACAGAUGCCAAUGCCAUGUAUUUUUCUUCCUUUCAUAUAUACAUACGCUUCAACUCCUGUCUGUUGGUGAUUAAAAAAAAAAAGAAGGGAGAACAAGUAAAGUAGUAGCGAUGGAGGUCUCUCUUUCCGGCCGUCAGCCUCGGACAAAAGCACAAACAGUCAAACACCACUCAGACAGGCCGGUUCUUGUGUCAAUUUUGUUUUAUGAGAUGAGAAUACACACAAGAAUUGCAUGUCAAA